UGUUCGCGAUUGGUCGCCGACGAAACUCGGCGACUCGUUCUCAGAUUCCGACCGACUGACGAGCGGCAUGUGAGAGCAUCUCUCGGGCCAACAGGUGGUGUCCCGCAAUCCGACCGGCCGUCCGGACACACUGGCACGCACCACCGACGCGUCGGACACACCCUCGCACCCUUGUCUCGACCGCGCCUAGGCAGUGAAUCAGACUCGAGGAUGGCCGCUGCGGCGUGUGCGCGGUUCUCGCAGAACGCCUGGCGCCGCGAGAUGUGCGCCAACUGCUUCAAAGCCAAGACGGAGCACGCGGCGCCCCCGCCACGACCCCCAGCGCCCCCGGCCCACGCGGUGCCCCAGCACAGCAUCCUCAAGGGAGUGGGAAAACGACCAGAGAAAAAGGCCCAGAAGAGCGGCGUUUGUUUCCCCAAGGAGGAAGCCGAGAUCAUUGGUUACGACGGAGGAGACGUCUCGACCGACGAUGAGGACAAUUUCGAGGCGUCCAACAGCGACUUGCCCGACUCUUCAUUUCCGGAGUUGAGUGACGCGGAGGACAAGGAGCUGCAAAAUCUGACUCGGAAGAACACAGACUUCAACUCGGAGAACGUGAAUCUCCUGAGCGUCGCCUCCGUCCCUCCAGCCACUAAUGGCAUCUCUGUUGGCAACAAAAUCACCGUCAACAUCACAAACUCUGUCACCACAAAUGGCAAACCAAAGACGGAGCCUCUUGAACUGGGCAAGGUUGUGCACAAGAGCACCGUGCCCAUCGUUUCGGUGACGCCUUUUGGCUCCAAGCCGACUGCCAUUUGUGCACCAACCCCCAAAGAAAGGUCCUUAGAUAAGAUUGAGAAGAAGGAACGAAGGCCCCCUUUAGGCCACGAAGACACUUCUCCUCCGUUGACAGCUCCUGCGUUGGUCAAGACAAUCAAAGAAAUCUCCCUGCCCAAAGAAAAAGAACCAGAGCCAGCAGUUGUCAAGAUCGAGGUGCCCUCGAAGCCGGUCGAGGAGGUUGGUUUGUCUCUCACACCAAGUGACAGCGACGCUUCAACCGUGUCCGAAGACGAAACCAAAAAGCCACCUGCCUUUUUGCACCACAAGGAUUCGGUCGACUUGAUUUCCCCUCCGACCAGUCCGUUGCUGCUCGUCAAAAACGACGAAAGGCCAGUUCCAAUCGGAAAAGUUUCCUCUGAUUUGUCAAUUGCGUUGAAGAACAAUGCGCUGAAUAAGAAGCCAGAGUUUGAGAGGCGCAAGAAAAAUGGCACAAAGUUGUCCGCAGCACCAAUCCGUCGAUGGACUGUGAGCAGCGAAAGAGUUUUCAUCCAGCCUAGGAGGCCAAUCAUGGAUGCGCCUGAAAUUGUGCCACUCACAUUGCAUUCAUAUAAGCCAUUAGAGCCAAGAGAGCUUGCUGGAGAGCCUGACGGAGAAGACUCGAAAGUAACUGAGGUUGAUAACCAGCCCGAGCCAAAAGAAAAGGAAGAAGUUGUUGAGGUCCCAAUGGAAAAAGUAGAGGAACCCAAAGUUGAGGAAGUCCCUCAACCCGCAGAGGAAAAAACAGAAUUGGUGGUGGAGGAGGAAAUCGACUCAAGCAAACCUCCGACUCCUCCAAGUUCUCCCUUGCCUGAUGACGAUCUGCCCCCGAUGCUGCCCAACACACCCCCACCUGUCCUGCAGAUCAAAACCCCUCCGGCUCGGCCAACAUCUCUGCCCACAGUUGUCACGAGUGGAAAUAUCACUCCAAACGCCAGGUCUUCUUUUCUGCAUAGCAACAUGCUUGGUCGGCCACAGGUGCCUGCAAAACCAGCAUCGCUCAUGCUGGCCAAUGUGUCCAGCAGUGGCCGAAGACACCCCACAACUCCAGUGGCUGUUGCUGUUCCAACCCCAGUAACCCCCGUCAAAAUAGAAGAAACUCAAAAGACCAUCUUAACUCCGGCUCUGGAAACACCCCCGCCCAAGCCUGUUGAGCCUGAAUUUUUCGAAACCCCGAAGACAAUUCUCUUCUCCCCGGAAGGAAAACCGCCCAUCCUCACCCCGAGGCCCAAACUCGGCUCUUACAAAAAACGCCAAGCGCCCAAACCUCCCGGCAACAAAAAGGACGACGAUUACAGCCGCUCUCCUCCGUCCGAGGAAAGUAGCUUCGAUGAGCUGCACCGCAGAGACAGCAUCACCAGCGUGGACAAAUCGAGUCUGCAGGCCAAGAAGAAUGUGGGCAGAUUUUCUCUGAAGCGAAUUUUCAGAAAAGGCAGCAAGGAGGAGCGCGCCACGUUGCCCGAAAGCAUUCCCAGUCCGACCUCCACCCCGUCCUCCCCUGAGAGCCCUCUGCGUCCUGAAAUCAUCCACCCCUCAAAUUUGGACGGCAGACAAGUGGAGGUCGUUUGCAGGGUGGAGCAAAGCGCGACCACCCCUACAACACCAACGCCCCAAAGCGAAACAAGCAUGUUGACCCCUCCGGCUCGUCCGAGGCCGCCACCACCCCCGAGGACCAUGUCCUUGCCCCAAAACGCAGCCAGCCGUCCGGCACGUCCGCCUCCUCCCCAGUCAGCGCAGCUUUUGCAGAUGCGGGAGAGGGACAGUGACCAAAAUGAGUUCAAGCAGGAGGACUCGAUUUAUGCGAAUCUUGAUUCCGUCAAGAAUCGUAUAGGAGCAGUCUCGACUCCGAAUAAACCGCAAAGAAGUGGGAGCAUUCGAGAGCAGUUCGAUAAGACGAGUCCAGGCAGUCCCGGUGCUGAAGAAGGAGAAUACGAAACCGUCCAGUUUAGCGAUGGCAAAACUUUGAAGCGGCGCCGAUCAGUGAUUUUGGGCUCGUUGGAGGAAAAUUACGGAGCUGUCGUGGGCGCCAAUCAUCGCGCUCUGGCACAACUGCUGUCUGUUUUGACCUCAAAACCGCUGCCCUCGGAAAUGUCGUCUGUUUCUGUGGCUUGCUAUGCUGGCGAGUGCAGGAAUGUGGACGAGAAAACUCUGGUGGUCAUGCAGAUCCUGAUGGAGCUGAAGAAUAUGCAGCAGGCUGGAGCGACAGCUGCGAAUCUUGACCAGUUCAGAAUCGCAAGACCAAAGGACCCAAAUCUUGCUGUCAUUGGUCCUCGCGUCGAGUGCCAAAAGGAAGUGGCUCCGAAUGGUUCCCUGCCCUCGGUGGCCACCAGAGCGUGCCAGCUUUUGGCCCCCACCGACAUCACCCUCACCCCUCUGCUGGACGCGUCUGACUUUGACCGCGCCGUGACUUAUCUCGAGCUCAAAACCUGGGGCCCUGAGGUCUCGCCAGUCGAGCGAGAGGUCGGCCUCCAGCGCUGGCUCGACCUGGAAAGGGCGACGACGCUGCAAAGCCUGGCCCAGAACAGGAGUGCCAACCGACUGCCUGUUGCUCAAGAGAUGUUCGCCAGUUUCCUGGUGGAAGCUUCCGCAGUCAGCCUAGCGCAGGCUGCCAAACUUUUGUAAUUUAAACAGCUCAAAAAAAAAAAAAACUGGUUGAAAGUUGAAAUACGCAUUUCUUGUGACAUAUAAAUCUAAUAAUAGGUUGAAUUAACGACAACGGUGCCAUGAGGUGUAGCGAGUAUAAACACACAAAAAAUAUCUGAUCUGUGUACAUUUCUGCAUUUUAUACGUCAAAAUCUCCAAUGUUCAUAUUAUAAUUAACUGACAAUAAAUCUGAUAAGUGUCGUAGUGAAUGUAUUUUUGUUAACACGCAGGACAAUUUUUUUGUUAUCAAAUAAAACGACUUAUUUAAAA